AACCAUGGGUGUGGGUAUUGAUUAGGCACUGAGUUGAAUCUGUGGUAAGAAAUGUAAAAAUGUUUGCGAAAUGUUUUGGUGAGUCAAGUUCAUCUGGGAGAGAAUAUCCAACAGUAAUAGAAGAGUUAUGUCGUCAUUUUUCUCUUGCUGAUAUUCGAAAAUCAACCAACAAUUUUGAUGAUAACAGAGUAAUUGGACAUGGAACAUGUUGUAAGGUAUUCAAAGGUUGUCUCCGACAUAAUGAUGGUUCUUAUUACCCAGUCGCGGUGAAGCGAUUUCAUUGGGAAUACAGUGAAGGGUUUAAAAGAGAAGUGGAGUUACUGUGUCAGCUUCAUCACCCUAAUUGUGUGUCUAUUGUAGGAUUUUGCAAGCACAAAAAGGAGAGUAUUGUUGUGUACGAGUACAUGUCCAAUGGAUCUCUGGAUCAACACCUGGGAAGUGAUGUUAGAGAAGCACUGCCAUGGAAAAAAAGGUUAGAGAUUUGCGUAGGAGCAGCGCGUGGACUACACUACCUUCAUUCAGGACUGAAGCGCACCAUCAUUCACCAUGACAUCAAACCUAGUAAAAUUCUUUUGGACGACAACAUGCACCCAAAACUCUCAGGUUUCAGCUGUAGCCUACUGGGAGCACAUUUUAAGGAAAAGCCAAAACCAAUAAAAACGGAUUUUGCAGGUACUUAUGGCUACGCACCUAUGGAGUACUUACGGGACUGUACAGUCACAGAUAAAUGUGAUGUUUACGCAUUUGGUGUUGUUCUGCUAGAAGUUGUGAGCGGAAGUCUAUAUUUUCUUAUACAAACAGAACUAUUGGGGAAGUGUGUUGAGGAGAAUAUUGAUCCGAAAAUCAAAGGAGAGAUAGCAGCAGAGUGUUGGCAAGUGUUUAUAGAUAUAGCCUUGAGAUGCAUAAAGAAUGAAGCUGAUGAACGACCAGCAAUGGGUGAAGUGGAGGUGGAACUUGAGCGUGCUCUAUUGUUGCAGCAACAAGCAGAUCUCACAAACAUGGAUAGGGAUUAUACCUUAUUGUCCAAAAACAUUAUUAUCCCAAAAUCAGAGGGAGGAUUUGAGUUUGUCACUGGCUAAUUAAAAGAACAAGAAACCGAAUACAGUGACUCGGAAGACAUGUUCAAUAGGUAAUUUAGUGAAGUAGUCAAGUUUGAUUAAGAUAUCUCUUGCUUCUGUAGCUUUCCUUGUUCUUGGUAUUUUUAUGAAUGUGAUUGUAUAUGAAGUUGUCACUGUAAUCAUCUUCAGCUAGUAUAAUUUUAAAGGAAGUGAAAGUUGAUCCGUAGUGUUGGCAAGUCUUUUGGAAUGACAAAUUUGGGAAGUGUUGUGGCCAACG